CCGAGAACGAAAAAAGAGUUUACAAACAUUUUUUUUACCUCUCUUAAAAUAAUUUAUUUUUAUGCAUAUAUUUUUAUUGAACUAACCAAGGCAUCAAAAGGCGACAACAUUGCUCGAGGACUAGCAACGCUCAAGUGUGGGGGAAUUUGAUAAGCACAAUAAUUACUUAUGUUUUACAUAAGUAAUUACAUUUAUCUGUACAAAAAUAUGAAGCAAAAACAGAUAAAUGUUCUCGAGUUAGCGGAAACACGAAAUACGACAUGGAGCAAUGAAAAUAGGGUCAAAAGUCAAAAGGGAUCGAAAACCGGCACUUCGGGAUCAAUUUCGGGCAUCAAACGAAGAAAAGAAGCGAAGUACAAAAUUGGGCGCAGGGACCGGCGCCGGAUGCCCUAUAACCGGCGCCGGUCGUCAGGACUUUUUGCCCAAUUCGGGCCUGUUUCCAACCGGCGCAGCACAACCGGUGCAUUUUUGCACCCGACCGGCGCCGGACAUGCUAUAACCGGCGCCGGUUGUUCCGAUUUCCUGCUAAAACAGUCCGAUGUGCAGAAGAUUUCUGAUGGGAAAAACCCAUCUUCCUCCAUAUCUGAUCAAAUAUUGCUUCCAUACCCGAUUGUUAGGCUUGAAUAGACUAAAAGAUGCCAUUCUUUAGCCUAUAUAAAGCCCUUAAUGCAUCAAGCAAUGUCAUUCCAUUCCAUAGAUUAAUUCUUAGUCUUUAUACUUUGUUUUUGCUAUUUUUCUUCAAGUUCUUGAGGAGGAAACUUCAACCUCCGAAACCAUUGGUGUUUAGAGCUCUGAAGUAAGGUAGAAACGGUCAUGUGGUGGUGCAUUAAAUGUGUCCACUGAUGGUUAGAGAAGACCGGAGCUAGGAGGGCUCUGAAGACGAGGCCGAGGGCUUUGCCCUUGGGUGCCAUGCCGAUGGCUCGCACGAACAACGGAGUCUUUUCAGAUCGGUUUCAUCAGCGGUUCAUUCUAGCUAGGGACGGACUCAGGAAAUUCAUCUUGGGAGGGCGGUUUGUUCUGAGCUCAAACAGGUCCAAGACCACUCUAGGGACCAUUGGUGAACAUCACAAGUGGAAGGAAGGUGCAAAAAUUCCAAGCAAAAAUGAAGAUCCUGAUUUUUGGUAUUGUACCCGGUCGAGUAUGCCCUAUACUCGAUCGGGUAAGUCGCUGAAAAAUCAAAUCGGAUCAACCCGGGAACAAGGCAACAUGCAGGGGAGAUUUUGACCACGAUCGAGUGUCUAUACCCGAUCGGGUGGCCGACAUACUCGAUCGGGUAUACUCCAGUUUUUUUACACUUCUGCGCAGCAACCGAGUACCCGAUCGAGUGCCCUUACAGCCCGAUCGGGUACACGACCCUGCAAGCCUAAAAAGCCUAUAAAUACACCUCAUUUCUUCCACAAUAGAUCACCAAUUCCUAUAUACUUCUAAGCUCAGUUUAGACAGGUUGUUUCUUUAUAUUUUCUUCAUGUUUAGUCUCCAAAUGAGGAGCUAAACUCUUCCAUCUUGGUUUUGCUACUUUGAAGCUUAAUGAUUUGUAAGUUGUGAGUUAUUUUCUUUAAUCUUCUUCCUUGAAUAUUAAUUACUUCCUAUUCAUAUUCCAUAUUAAUAUUUUGAGCAUUACUUAAAGGAUCAAUUAGUUUUGUUUCAUAAUUCAUAUAUUAAUCAUUACUAGAAUCAAUCGUUUAAUACGCUUGUUAUUAAUUCGGUUCUUUCAAUGGUAGUAAACUUGGGUUGUUGAUACAUGCUUCUCAUGGUUAAUAAGCCAAGAGGAAUUAAUUAUAUUGAUUAAACCAAUAAACCGCUUGUGUUGAGGUUAUCAAUCUCAAUCAUUUUCAUCUUAAGUUUAUUGCUACUAUCAAGUUAAUAUACGGCGCUUGUUCUAUAUUGACUCGAUAGUAAGUUUUAUUAAUGAACGCAUCUCGUUAUUAAUAACUACCCUCGAUGAACUGGAUAUACUCCUCGAUUGAGUAUUCGAGAGGAAGAUAGUUAAAGAUAUAACCGGGAUCGACGAACAUUUCAUUAAGUGGAUAAAAGCAAAGCCAAGUCUUCUUCUCAUUAAUUAAACCACAUAACUCGUUCAUCUUCGUGCUUAAAUAUAAUUUAAGUUCAUUUAUUCAAUCUAACCCCCCCCCCCUUUUGUUACUAGUUUAUAAAAAGAGAAAUAUUCCUUUCCCUGUGGAUACGAACCUUACUUCAUUAUACUACGUAUAAUUGUUGUAUUGUAUUAUUAUUAUUUUGAGUGCACAUCACGACAAAGUGCACGUCACUCAUAUAUAAGAAACUUUUGCUCCUCUCCAUUAACUGGAACUAUCCAUUAGGAGAGAGAUAGGGAGAGGUGGGGAAAUGGUGGGGUAGAGAAAGAAAAAGGAUUAUG